CAGAUACUGAGUGUAACAUAUGAUAACACCUCAAACAAUGAUGUCAUGGUUGAUGGGCUCAAGGACUUGCUUCCUGACUUUGGGAGGGCAGCAAGUCACACACAGUGCUUCUUCCACACUGUAAAUCUGAUUGCCAAGUCCCUGCUUGGUGAGUUCAACAUAACAAAGAAGGCCAAGGCUGGAAGAGAAACAGACAAUGAUGUUGCAAGUGAUACAAGUGAUAUGGAGCUUGCUGAUCUGAGCAAUGAAGUUCAGAGUGAAGAUGCCAGUGCCAAUGUUGGAGAUGAGGAGUUGCCAGAUAAUGAGGAUGGUUGGGUGGAUGAGGUAGCACUGUUGGACCAGGAUGAACAAAUUGAGCUGCAAAGAAAUAUCCAACCAGUAAAGUUAGUGCUUUUGAAGGUAAGACAAAAAAAAUGCAAGCACACCUUGAUAUUGACUGCUCCCUCUAGUUGUGCAAGCUUUCUUACAAACUGA